GACUGACAUUCACAUAGAUCUAGAUCGGGCGGGCGGACAGGCGACAGACCAGACUACUUUCGCUUUUAUAGGCCAAGCCUAGAGACAAGAGAUCUAAAAUUUCCCAACACUUUACUCUCGAUAUUAGUAAAGAUACUUAUAUAGGCCCUAGUGAUAGAUCUAGAUAUCUAGAUCUACAUCUAAGAUCUAGAUCUAGAUCUAUAUCCGUAUCUCUCGCCUAAGUCCUAAGUUUGGGUUUCAGCAGCAUUUCCUGCCGGACAUCCUGAACAUCUCUCUGUUGUUUACGUAACUGAUUUCUUCUGAAGUGCGGGCUCUGGUUCUUCAGUAAGAUGGAACAGCACAGGUACAGUCCAAUGGACCAGUCUAAGUACGAGGAAGAUCGUAGUAAGAACUGUGUAUUAGAAUCCUCUAUAUGUGAACGUCUGACAACGGAGCCUUGCUGGCUUGGAAUUGACGAAGCUGGUAGAGGUCCUGUACUAGGACCUCUUGUGUAUGGAAUCUGCUUCAGCCCUGUUGUGGAGAAACAGAAAUUUGGAGAAAUGGGAUUUGCAGACUCAAAGACUUUGACAGAAGAACAAAGAGAAUCCAUCUUUGCCAAAAUGAAUGAUGCAUUGGAUCUGCUUGGAUGGAUAGUAGAGGUUCUUUCUUCAGCAUAUAUCUCGACAAGCAUGUUAAGGAGAGAAAAAUACAAUUUGAAUGCGCUCUCACAUGACUGUGCUAUUGGGCUGAUUCAGAAAGCUUUGGACAGAGGUGUCAAUGUCACCGAGGUGUAUGUAGACACAGUUGGUGACCCAGGCAAAUAUCAAGCCAAGUUGAAGGAGAUUUUCCCAAACAUUGAAAUUACAGUGGCAAAGAAAGCUGAUUCAUUGUAUCCCAUUGUUAGUGCUGCCAGUAUAUGUGCCAAGGUGGCCAGAGACCAGGCUGUCAAGUCUUGGGUGUUUAAAGAAGACUUUGCUGUGGAAGAAUGUGACUAUGGAUCUGGCUACCCUGGUGAUCCAAAGACAAAGAAGUUCUUGCAGGACAGUUUUGACAAAGUAUUUGGUUUCCCUACGUUUGUCCGCUUCAGCUGGUCCACAGCUGGAAACAUUAUUGAAAAAGAUGGGGUUGGCGUGCAAUGGGAAGAUGAUGAAGAGGAGGAGGGUGCCAAGGGCACUCCAGUUCUGUCCCAUUUCUUCAAGAAGAAGGAUGAGAAAGCAGAGCUCAAAAGACACAGGUUUUUUACUCACAGGCAUUUGAAGCAUGUGACUGCCUUGUAGAUACUGUUAUAUAUAUUUUUUUUUUUUUUGUGUAAUAAAAGAAAUAAAAAUGGGCUCCUA